AAAAUGGAAAAGUAUGCACGAGUUACAUCACCUAAUUACACCUAUUUGUUCAAUUUCGAAUCCGACUUUAUUCAUAAGAAAACUCUUAAAUGGAUGGAAGAAAAUUGGACCUCAAGUUUCUAUUACGUGGGGUUGUAUGUAUUCGUUAUUUUUGGAGGAAGAUAUUGGAUGCAAAAUCGACCUAAAUUUGAAUUAAGGACACUCUUAGUGGCGUGGAAUGUAAUGCUAGCAACUUUUAGUAUAAUGGGUGCUUGUAGAACGCUGCCAGAAUUUACUCAUAUAUUAACUCAUCACGGUUUGUAUCAUUCUAUCUGUAUUCCAUCUUUUGUUGAACAAGAUAAAGUUUCUGGAUUUUGGGCUUGGAUGUUCACGUUAAGUAAACUACCCGAACUAGGUGAUACAGUGUUUAUAGUACUACGAAAACAACCCCUUAUCUUUCUUCAUUGGUAUCAUCAUAUCACUGUUUUACUCUACUCAUGGUUGAGUUACGCAGAGACUUCGGCCAGCGCUCGUUGGUUCAUGGUCAUGAAUUAUUGUGUUCACUCUUUGAUGUACUCCUACUACGCUUUGAAAGCAAUGAGGUAUAGUCCUCCUAAACAAUUAGCUAUGAUCAUCACUUCACUACAAAUAACACAAAUGUUAGUUGGAUGCGCCAUCAGUUUAUGGGUGAGAAGAUUAAUUUUACGGAAAACAGAUUGUCACAUAACAAUUCUCAACAAUAGUUUAGCGCUUGUGAUGUAUUUCAGUUAUUUUGUUUUAUUUGUGAAAUUCUUCUAUUAUUCAUAUAUGUCAAGAAAUAAAACAAUUAAAACCAAUAUAUCAGCUGUAAAUGAUGUUUAUGCCUUAAUAAAAUCGAAAACAAUGUAA